GACAAUGCUAAGAAAAUUAUUGUCUUUAAAUAUCAGUUUAAUAUAUUUAAUUAGUGUUUUUCGAUUUUGUUGCAUCGCUAUCAUGAUGAUUUCAAUACCAUCGGUAACUUUAUGGGAAGUAUUUCUGCACAUUAUGUAUGCAGCUGGCGGAGUAGUGCAGCUCUACAUAAUAUGUUAUUGUGUGCAACAGCUAUCAGAUGCGAGUGUUGAAAUAACGGAUUCUGCAUUUCACGAAAAAUGGUACCAAUACGGAGCAUACAUAAAACGUACAUUUCUGUUAAUGAUAAUGGCGAAUAAUUUAGAAAUUAAACUGUCAACGUUUGAAAAGUACAGUUUAUCUCUGUCUUCAUUUAUGGCAAUUUUAAAUCAAUCGUAUUCAAUCGCUCUUUUGCUAUUAAGAACUAGUUAAAACGUUGCUGAAAAUAUUUACUGUAAAAUGAAAUUAAUAUUGCGAUGUGUAGUAUAAUACGUUUAACAAUUGAAUAAAAUUUUAAAUAAGUAGUGAGCAAACAUUAGAAGAAAAUGUCAAUUUUAUUUUUGCAACUAGAACGUAAUAUUAUGCAGGAACUUAUUUCUUGUUCCAAUAUACUGUCACACGUAAUAAUGAAUAGUCUAUUGAUAAAAGAGACGUAUCAUAAUGUAUUUUAUUUAUAAUUUCAAAUAUGAAAGAAAUGUUUUGUGUACUUCUUUUUACAAUAAGCAAUGGUUCAAUAGCCAUGUGAAACAAAGAUAAUUAAUUUAAAUAAUCUAAA